AGGGAUUAGGAAGUGGUGUUUAAGGGUCAGGGGUUGCUAGCUGUUGUCUUAAACGGCGAACAAUAUUAGCUAAGUACAGCUGAUUGUUGCUAUUUAUUAACAAGCUUCAAAGACCAGGAACACUUACAUAUAACUAGCUGACGAAAUAUUUAUAUCAAAGCCAAUAGGCGUUAACGUUGUAGCUUUUGUUUCGCUAGCAUGUUAACUUUAGCUGUUAGAAAUCAUUCGUUUUUUUAGUUUUUUUUUUAAACUGCACCUUCCUUUCAAUUAUUAUUUAUUUCGUGGGCUUUGUCCUGAUGAAUGUUAGUUAGCGGCGUAUGCACGAGAAGAAUAAUCCUGUAAUUUAAUGUUUAACAUUAGCCACGGAGCUCAUUUUGUUAAUUAGCUGGCUAGCAAUCGUUAGCUUGUUAUCUAAAGGGUCAUUAAAUUCUACGAGGAUGAUUUUGCCUAUGGUGAUUCUCCUAAUAGUUUUCUCACACGGAACAACAGCUGAUGAAGAGCCAGAGGGGAAUAAUGAUCAUACUCCUGAAUUGAAGUCUUACCACGAGCCCAACUCUGAGGAGGAUGAGGUCCCAGUAGGCGCCAGGAUUGUAGCAGGAAUGGUGACUUCCCCCAGGGAGGCCUCGCAUGCCGAGGGAGAGAGAAGACUCGAUGGUGGCGUCCAGGAAGGUGGGCUGGAGGGGGAAGAGAAGGAGGACUUGCCCACUCAACCUCCUCCCGUCGAGGAAAGGCCUAAAGAGGUUCCUGUGGUGAAUGGCGGCACAGCCAAUGGGAACCCCUGUCUCUUCCCCUUCCUCUUCCUGGGGAAGGAGUAUGUGGACUGUACCACCGAUGGACGGGGGGACGACCGCCUGUGGUGCGCCACCACCUACGACUACGACAGGGACAAGAGAUGGGGCUUCUGUGAGACGGAGGAGCAGGUGGAGCAGAGGCAUCUAGCGGAGGAGACCGAAAAGGAGUACCAGGCAGCCCUCCGCAUGAUCAAUGGAACCAACCGGAAGAGCCAGAAGAAAGAGUUGUAUGAGAAGCUAUUGAAGGUUGCCGGCAAGGGCCACCACAAGGCCAUGGAGAAGGUGGCCUAUGCCAUGCUGUUUGGGGACUACAUGGCCCAGAACAUCCCAAAGGCCAAGGAGCUGUUUGAGAAACUGGCCCUGGAGGGCUCCCCCAAAGCUCAGAUGGCACUUGGCUUCUUGUACGCUGCCGGGUUAGGAGUGAACUCCAGUCAAGCAAAGGCGUUGGUUUACUAUACCUUUGGGGCUUUGGGCGGAAACCUGGUGGCUCAUAUGAUUCUGGGAUACCGAUACUGGGGUGGUGUGGGCGUACCCCAGAGCUGCGAAUCAGCACUGACGCACUACAGACUGGUGGCCAAUCACGUGGCCAGUGACGUGUCCCUGACUGGGGGCAGUGCGGUGCAGAGGGUGCGUCUGCUGGAUGAGGUGGAAAAUCCGGGCUCUACCAGCGGAAUGCUGGAGGAAGACCUGAUCCAGUACUACCAAUUCCUGGCUGAGAAGGGAGACAUCCAGGCCCAGGUGGGACUGGGCCAGCUGCAUCUGCACGGUGGUCGGGGGGUGGAGCAGAACCACCAGCGGGCCUACGAUUACUUCAACCAGGCCGCGAAUGCUGGGAACACGCACGCCAUGGCUUUCCUUGGGAAGAUGUACUCGGAGGGCAGUGAGUACUUGUCUCAGAACAAUGAGACGGCCCUGCAGUACUUCAAGAAGGCCUCUGACCUUGGUAACCCUGUUGGGCAGAGUGGGCUGGGCAUGGCGUACCUGUACGGGAGAGGUGUGCCAGUGAAUUACGAGUUGGCACUGAAGUACUUCCAGAAAGCAGCGGAGCAGGGCUGGGUGGAUGGACAGCUUCAGCUGGGCACCAUGUACUACAAUGGCAUCGGGGUGAAGCGUGACUACAAGCAGGCCUUCAAGUUCUUCAAUCUGGCCUCGCAGGCAGGGCACAUUCUGGCAUUCUACAACCUGGCCCAGAUGCACGCCACAGGCACCGGCGUGCUGCGUUCCUGCCACACCGCCGUGGAGCUCUUCAAGAAUGUGUGUGAGCGUGGGCGCUGGUCGGACAGGCUGAUGGCAGCCUACGGCAACUUCAAGGACGGCGACAUGGACGGGGCGCUGGUGCAGUACCUGCUGCUGGCCGAGCAGGGCUACGAGGUGGCGCAGAGCAACGUGGCCUUCAUCCUGGACCAGAUAGAGGAGGCGCAGAUCUUCAACGAGAAUGAGACAUACCCUCGAGCCCUCCUCCAUUGGACCAGAGCAGCAGCACAGGGUUAUACAGUGGCUAGGAUUAAGCUGGGGGACUACCACUUCUACGGGUACGGUACUGACGUGGACUACGAGACCGCUGUCAUCCACUAUAGGCUGGCCUCGGAGCAGCAGCACAGCGCUCAAGCCAUGUUCAACUUGGGUUACAUGCACGAGAAAGGCCUGGGCAUCAAACAGGAUAUCCACCUGGCCAAGCGUUUCUACGACAUGGCUGCCGAGGCUAGUCCCGAAGCCCAGGUGCCUGUCUUCCUGGCUCUGUGUAAAUUGGGCCUGGUCUACACCCUGCAAUACCUGCACGACCUCAACAUGAGUGAGGUGGUCAGUCAGGUGGACCUGGACCAGCUCCUGGGCCCUGAGUGGGACCUCUACCUAAUGACGGUAAUCGCCCUGCUGCUAGGCACCGUCAUCGCCUACCGCCAGAGACAACACCAGGCAAUGCCCCCUCCUCCCCCAGCCAGGCCUCCUCAGGAGCAGGCCCAACCUGAGGCCCAGGCCCAACCUGAGGCCCAGGCCCAACCUGAGGCCCAGGCCCAGCCCCAGGCCGAAGAGGCACAGCAGUGAGCGAUAGAGAUGGAGUGGGAAGAGAGGAAGGGAAGGCGAUAUCACGACCCAUACCCUCUAACUCUUCUCUGGGGGGUUGGUGGGUAAAGGCAGACUAACUUGCUCCCAUCUUGGGCACCACCUUUUCCCUCCUGACUCCGGCAUGUUGACCACAGACUGUAGGCUACUGAAUAGGCCAGACUCGCCCUACUUAACUCUCCGUCUCUGUCAAUGCUCUCAGACCUCCCAAGUUGAAGAAUGAAGAAAGGAAUCGGUGAGGGGGCAGUGGAGCAGGUUGAUGGACAAGGCCAAUGAAUAGAGGCUGUAGAAAAGACAGUAUAGACUCUCAACCUCUUAGUGUGUGACUCAGGGUACCGGCAGCAGAAUCACUUCUCAGAAGUAGCCACGUGGGGCGAUCGAGGCAUCUUCUUAAUUAUCAUCCGAUCUGCGAAUGAAACGGUCUUGUUUUGUGGGCUCUAGUAGUGAUUGGGCUUUGGAAACAAUGGCCAGAUUUUUUUUCUGCUUUUCCUUUUCAGAUUUUACGUACGAGUUUAAGGUUACGAAUUAAGAUUCCAGAUGUCUACAUAAACCUUGCAAUACCAACAUAUUCGUCAGGUGGCAGCAAUCAGAACUGGGCAUGUGAAGUCAUCUUCAUCUCCUUGUCUUUAGCAAAAUGUUUUCACAAAGAAGUUUUUGUUAAGAACACAUUUUGUAAGCAUGUUCUGUUCAUAAACAGUGAUUCUUUAUCGAGCUAGUUUUUUCUAGCAUGCUUUUGUCAGCACAUUUGCUUGAUUGGCGAGUGUUAAAGCGUUUUGUGUGCAAAUAUUUCUUUAGCUAACAUGCAUUGUUUGUCUUUCAAUGCAGACGUCUUCAGGAUUUAUUUUGUUAGCGAAUAUGCUUUGUUAGCACAUAUGUUAAACUAAGGAAGUAAACAUAAACCUGUCAUUUAUUUGAAGUCCAGUUCAAAACCUUUCACUACGUAGCUGAGCGUUGGUCAACUUACUUGUUUAAGUGGACCAAGUAAUGAAAUAUAUUGUUGUCAGUCAUUUCAGCUUUGCUAUGCUAUAGUCAAGCAUCAGAAUGAAGGAUAAAGAAUCCUUUGCUACCCCUUCACUAGCUCCCCCAUUUCCUUCCUCAGUGCAGCGCAUGAUUCUGUGUCUCAGGUAAGGUUUGAUUCUUGAGAUAUUAUCCAUAUAGCCUAAUACGGAUAAUAUCCUUGAGAUAAUAUUAUAGGGAUAUUGUAGAAUGCUUAUCCCCACCGUAGGUGCUCCCUUACACCAAAAUCCUGAGUGAAUGCAUUGUUCCAUCUACUAGUAAUUGGUAGUUUGUGGCACCAUGGUUAAUUUUCUCCUGUUUAAACUGUUUGAUUUGAUAAGUUGAACUGCAACAGGAAGAGAGAUGGCGGCCUUUUUGUCAAGACUCAUUAGAAGAAAGCAGUGACUUUUUCAGACUAUUUGACUUUGUUAGACGUGGUUCCACUCAGGGUCAUAAUCGGGGUGUGACUAUAGGCCACACCCCCUCACCAAUAGAGCAGGUCGUUGCUUCUCCAGCUUCUGCUUGCCUCGGCUCAGGCUUUAAGUUGUCAAGAUCGCAGCAAUCACCUCGCUUAUGUAGUGGCGUCACAUAAGCUGAUUUCCGCACUUUAGGAAGAUUUCCUGAUAAGUGUUAAAUUAAAGUUGUGGGUUAUUGAGCCAACAAUGAGGGACGCUGUACACUUGAGCAGACCUGGAUCCAAAUAGUGGGCUCUUGUAUAAUUCUUCAUGUCUAAUGUCAACAACACAUCAAGGACUUCAUUGUCUGUCAAUUGUCGAAAGGAAAAACCCUGACUGACGUUUUUCAAAAUGAUUCUGUAAAAUUCCCCCAUUAACAUCCAGUACAUUGUCACAGUGAGAGAGACCGAGAACCUGCAGAAAUAAAAUUGUGGUUAAAUUCA